CAGCUGACUGAAGAAUGUAAAGCAAAAUAUUUUGAGGCUUUUCAUUACUGUAUUUUCAGUUUCAGGAGUUCAGUUUCGUUUCGAUUAUCAUUUCAGUUGGUUCAGUCGUGAUAUUGGUGCUUAAGUUACUUUCGGUCAUUGAAAAGUUUCGAUUCUGGCACUGCAACGUAAUGUUGCUUAAAAUUGUUUUGUGUUGAUUACUUUUCGUUCUUAUGAAUCGAGGUUUUCGUAAAAAAAGUUAAACUUUAGUAUUUCUCAGUGUUUAAAAUUAUUACUGAAAAAAUAUUUCAAAAUUAUUGUGGUGAUGUGUUUAUUGGAUUCUUAAAAAUAUAGACUUGCAGCUCAAGCACCAUGAUGGAGUGGAUCCUGCGCAGCCCGCAGGUGCACAGCACGUUCGCCAAGCUCGGCUACGUCACCGCCGACGGCUACCACAUCAACGAGAACUGCAAUGAGACCCUGGAAUACAUCUUAAAAAAUAUUUUGAUGGAAGAUAAAUAUCUUCGAACCUAUCGGCGAAGUAUUAGUUUUGGACAAAACAUUCAAAAAGACAUAAUACCGCUCAUAAUUGAAACUAAAGACGAUAAGACAGUGGAACUGUUGAUAAAAAUCCUAGUGAAUCUGACUAUUCCGAUCGAGUGUUUGUUUUCGGUGGAAGCGAUAUCCCGGACGGACGUGGGCCGGCACGCGAUCUUCGAGAUCAACAACCUGCUGGACGCGACCAAGUCGGCCUUCACCGACCACCGAGUGCCCAAAGUGCUCGUGGACUUUCUCAAGAAGAAUGUGGACUUGGAGCAGUCGGUGAAGCUGACGCCGGAGCAGAGCGGCAACGUCGCCAACGCGCUGCUGCUGCUGCGCAACGUGCUGCACAUCCCCGAGGAGCACGCGGGCGCCGCCACCAACCAUACCGUGCAAAACAGAAUACUCGGGAACUUUUUUAGUCAAAGUAUAGAUAAAGUACUUAUUAAACUGAUGACUAUUCCGGAAGCGGCGCACUGGUCCGUGACGAUGGUGCAGCUGGUGGCGCUGCUGUACAAGGAGCAGCACGUGACCACGCUCACCAAGCUGCUCAACGUGUGGCUGGAGGCGUCGCAGUCCGACUCCUCCGAGGACAACGAGAGCAACACCUCGCCCCCGGACAGAGAUUGCCCGUUCAAUAAAGGUAGCGAAGAUUCAUCGCCGAUGCUGACUUCAGACCCGACGUCUGACUCCUCGGACAACGGCCCCAAGAGCAACCAGGGGGCCAACGCCGAGGACGGCAAGUGGCGCGACCCGGCGGCGGCGGGCGAGGCGGGCGUGGCGGGCCCCGCGGCGCCCCCGCCGGCCGACGGCGCGCCGCCCCCGGUCGACCCCGCCGAGGUGCCGCUGCCCGACUCCGACGACGACCCCAUGUCGGUCUCCACCGCCGACCCCGCGGUGCUGACCCCGCCCGCCACCGCCGCGCUGCCCCCGCCGGACCCCGCGCCGCCGCCGACGCCGCCCGCGCCCCCCGCGGCUGCGUCAGAGCCGCCCGCCAAGACCACCACCGUACAAUCUUCCCCCGGCACCAAGAGGAAACAUGAUGAUAGUAAAGUGUCGUCGUCGAGCGAGGACGUGCAGUCGGACCGGAGCAUGGCCGAGCCGAGCAGCGCCAGCAAGGAGGAGAAGUCCGUCUCCGCCUCCGACUGCGGAUACGGCACGCAGGUGGAGACACAGGAGGUGUCGACGUCCAGCAACGAGGACGAGCCGCAGAAGCCGGUGCACCAGAAGCCGCACAACCCCAAGCAGAAGCCCAACACCAAGGUGCGCUGCGGCACCACGCUGCAGGACAAGCGGCGGAAGAAGAUCGUCAAGAGGUCGCGGACUACUAUCAUAAACGUGCAAGGCCUCGCGCGCAAGAUCCCCACAGACGACGACAUCUCCAACAUCCUCAAAGAGUUCACAGUCGACUUCCUCCUCAAGGGGUACAACUCUCUCGUCCGCACUCUCUACACUCAGAUCAUUACCAAUCUUGACCUGGAAAUCGACACGUCACACUUCUUCUGGCUGGUGACGUACUUCCUGAAGUUUGCGUCACAGAUUGAGCUGGACUUAGAGCAUGUAUGCUCUGUGCUGUCGUUCGAUAUAAUAACAUACUUGACAGCUGAGGGAGUGAACUUGUGCGAGCAGUUCGCGCUCGCCAUCAAGCUCGACGGCAACGACCUGAAGCCGUGCAUCAGGAGAAUGCAUUUGGUGGUGACAGCGAUCAGGGAGUUCGUGCAAGCGCUAGAAGUGUACAAGAAGCUGUCGGUAUACUCGAGCGAGAAUGAAGAGACGCUGGCGCAGCUGCAGCUGAAGGUGUGCGAGCUGGACGAGCUCAAGACGCUCAUGGUGCUGCUGCUGCGGCACUACAACCCCAGCCUGCACACCAAGCAGUACUUGCAGGAUCUCAUCGUGACGAACCACAUCUUGCUAAUGUUCGUGGACAGCGUGUUGAAAACACCCAACUACACCGGCUCUACCAACAUGGUCACUCAUCUCAAGCAAUUCGCGACCCCCGAGAUGAUGAACCAGUACGGCAUCCUGCUAGAAGACUUCGCGAAGAACGGCGAGUUCGUGAACGACUGCAUCUUCACGGUGAUGCACCACGUGGCGGGCGAGCUGGAGAGUCUGUACGCGCUGUGCCAGCCGCGCAUCCUCACCACCUUCACCGCCAUAUGGAAGGCCGAGUUCGAGAUAUGUGACGACUGGUCGGACUUGAUCGAGUACGCCAUCAACACGUUUAUAAAGAAGCCCCAGUCGCUGCGUGCGGUGAACAACUUCCGUCUGGAUACGGAGAAUUUCGAUGACGACAGCGAGAGCACGAAGCCGCACGUCGCGUCCGACAUCAAGGUGGACUUCGACGACAUGAAGAAGGAGGACUUCGACGACUCGCUCAUGCCCGGCGACGCCGCUGAGAAAUGGACAGACGCGGAGCUGAGCUCGCUCAGAUGGAACUACAUGCAGUGCUGUGAGUCCUCCGAUCUGAUAGCCGACAUCGUCAAGAUAUACGCGGAAGAAGGCAGCUGCAAGCGACGCGAGUCAGUCAUACAAGAGCUGCUCAAACAGAACAUCAUCACUAAGGCCGACUACGACUGUUUCCUGAAGGUGGAAAUCCGGAGAACGACUAAGAACAACCAGAUGAAUAAAGAGACUAGAGACUCUGAGAUUGCGAAGCUUUGUGAGCAGUUGUACCAGGACGGGAACGGGAAGAUGCUGCAGUGGGUGCAGCAGGUGCUGCUGGAGACGUGCUACGCGAAGAUCUACCUGGACAAGAAGUCUCUGAAGGCGUACGAGGAGGCCGCGCAGGCGCCCGGCGACCGCAAGGUGCACAAGUUCGGGCUCUUCAAGAAGAAGGACGACGACCUGCCGCUGAUAUCGCCCGUUUCUUACCACAGUCUUUUGCAAGACAAGUCAGUGCCGCUGGUGGCGUGGAACUACGAGCAGGUGAUGAUCUGCAAGGACUUCAAGUUCCUGCAGCUGCUGCACAAGCUCGGCUUCCACAUGCCGGUGGACACGGGCAAGCUGUUCAUCCGCAUCCCGCACUUCUGGUCCGCCGACUAUUUGUACGAGGUGGCCGGCAAGAUACUGCCCAUUGACACGAGCAAGCUGAAAUUUUCCAAAACGGAUAUAUCAGCGGAGCCCGUGCCCACCAACACCCCGUACAUGAACAGUUUCACGCUGACCGCCGACUACAUCAGGAAAGAUUACACUUACAUGGGAUCGCCCGAGAAUUUCUACCAGAUACAAAAAGAUAGUCAUCUUGCCACCAUGAUCAAUUACACCCCGAUGCCUGGCGCUUCCUUCGAGGGCGAGGCAGCCAGCGCCGGCGAAACGAAUAAAACAUGUUGGUUAGAAAUCGUGCAGAGGUCGCAACAACUUAAAAUAUCACUUCGCAUGAAAAACGGAUGUACGGAUAUUCCGUCGGACGUGAGCGCGCGCGUGAGCGAGGCCGCGCCGCCGCCGCCCGCCGCGCUGCUGGAGUCCGUGCUGGCGCCGCCGCCCGGACAGGACGACGACGAUGACAGCGUCUGCGACACGGCCUCCGUGGCGUCCAACCUGACGCGCAUGUACGUGUCAGACGAGGACGAGAUCUGCGAGCUGAUGCCGCGGCUACUGACCCCGGUCUUACCCCACGACUACCUGGAGACCUUCGAGCCGCUGCCGCUGCCCGUGGACUCGGACCGCGCCGCCAUGCCCCCCCCGCUGGAGCCGCGCCCGCCCCCCUCCCCCCGCUCCGACAGUGACUGCUGCGCCGGGAAACGGCCGCGCGUACAUCUAUCCCCUAUGUUCUAAACACACUUAACUAAUCUGUUGUAUUCAACUAGCGAUACUUAACUUGUAACCUGCAUAUGCUUCAUGACUCGAAUGUAGUAGGACCAUUAGACUAAGAUAAAUUGUCAUUGCUUAUAGGCAUUUAUUUGUUUUAAGAUGUGAUGCUUGCUUACCAUAGGCGUCUAAUGCUGCUGCCUUAUUCCUCUAAAAACAUAUUCCGUUUGUCUUUGCCAAGUAUUAGUAGGUAAAUAUAAAAAGUUUUUUUUGUAAAGCUUAAAAUAUCUCGAAAUGUAGCCGUAAGUAUCUACAAUAAUGUCCGCUAUAUUUGAGUCAUCUCAAUGUACAAGGAUACACAAAAUGGAUUGUCGACUUCCAGUUGAAUUUACUAAAAAAUAUGUCUGUGACGAACUAUUAUUUUCCUGUUUCCGUAAGCAUCAAUUAUUUUGAACUAUCAGAGUUACUGGGCGGGAAAUAAGAAACCUAUUUUAAUAUUUGCUAUUUACAGUACAGUUUAAUGUGCGUAAAUUUAUGUAGUCGACGAUCUCUAAUCGUUUUUUCCCCGGAAUACACGGUAAAUCCCGAAUUUAAUUAUAUUAUUUAGGUUAAAAGCUUUUAGUAUUGUUGCAUUGUCUAAGGAAACGCUAUGGUGUGAUUCUGACUUGAUGAUUUUCAUCUAGUUAUGCAAAGCAAGAUCAAUGUGCAUUAUCUUCAAUUAAAAUUUACUAAGUAAUUCAGUUAACGUAUGUAGGUACUUCCACCGCGACCUAAAUAUCGCUAUCUUAUCUGAGCAUUACCACACUAACCUGUACUUUAUUGCAUUGCAGUUAGAGUAGUUAAAGCAUGGCAUCACUGUGGUCUGCAACCAUAAUAAGUUCGCGUCAGAGGAGAGGACUUUCCAACAUUUUUUAUACCGAUUCAGAUUGUAUUGUAUUUAAAUUAAAGUGACAUAACCAAUAUGAAUGGUAGGGGCAAGUCCCAACGAUGCAUACGACAUCUUUACACCUCCUAGCCUACAGUGUGGGACCCACUGAUACAUACCUAUUAUAUAUACAUCUAAUACCUAUGUUUACUCUAUGUAUAUGUUGUGUGUAUCGUGAUGUAUCUUCCUAUCUAUAAUGUUAGUCACAGAUAAUGUUUUGCCAGGAAUAGCGUUCUCUGUAGGAUAUGGUGAAAUAGUCUUAGUAAAUUUAUGUUUAAGUUAAUAUUCAUGGAAGUCACCGCAUUUGCCUACCCUCCCGGUAGGCGGGCGUGGAAUUCAUGAAUGUACCUACGAAUGUAAAACACCUUAUUAGGGUUUUCUCACUUAUUUUAAUUUUAAAUAGUUAUAUUGAAAAGUAUUUUUUUCCAUAUUUUAAUUAUAAUGACGUCAUUUAACUCAGUUUUAAAUAAAUAUGAACACGGCGACUCAUAAAGGUUAUUUUAUACAAAUUACAAAUUAAACAAUUUUUACGAUUCAGUAGAUGUUUAAGAAAAUGUGAUACAUACAAAGAUUGUCUCUUGAAAGAUGAAUUACUAUUAAAUUAUAAUAAAAAAUGCCGAGUUUCGCCGUGUUUUCAAAAUAGACACACACUUUGGAACUACCUACUCUAUUGAUGCAACAUACAGUUACAAUGCACAAAGCGUAAUGGUUCACUUGUGUAUUAAGUACUUUAGUAUGUUUUCUCUACAAAAAUAUAUUGUUACAAUUUACACUUUUAUGAAACCUGAUCAAAAAGAGAAAGGUGCUCGCGAGCGACUUGUGCCCGCGCUGCACCCCCUUCGCCGACUAAUUAUCGCAUUAUGUAAGUAAAUCUUUGAUCGGGGAUAUUUUAUUUAGUUUUUAUUUUAAAGUUUAUAAGUAAUUUAAAAUUUGUUAACGUUUACUUUAAUUUUAUAUAAGAUCAAUAUUUUACCUCCUAAUAGUAAGGGUAGAGUUAGACAAUAAACUUAUUUUUAGUUAAAA